AUACUGACGCUAAUCUGUGCGGUUGAUGGUGCUGGGGGGAGCCCGUUCCCUGUGGAAAUCGACGCGGACAAGACGGUGGGCCACUUGAAGGAGGCGAUCAAGGAACAAAGCGACGGGUUGAUCAGAGCUGACGAUCCUUGGACGAAGCUGGAGCACUUCUUGGCGAAGAAGGCAGACGGC